AUGGAGCGCACCGGGAUGGCGCUGGACAGGGCGUGCUGGGAUCGUCUGGCGGAUCGACUCCGGAAGGACCAGGAGGCAGCAGCAAACGAGCUGCUGCAGCAGCUGGGAGAAACAGCAGCAACAAUUAAUUUAAAUUCCCAAAGACAAAUCUUAGAAGCUCUGCGUCGCGUCGGCGUCUCCCACGCCCCUGGCGCGCAGCAGCGCCCCCCCCCGCGCCCAGCAGCAGCAGCAGCAGCAGCACCAGCAGCAGCAGCAGCAGCAGCAGCAGCAGCAGCAGCAGCAGGCGAGCUGGGCCCGCACACACUGACGGAAACGGGAGACGAAACCCUCAGCCGGCUGUCCCACUUUCCUGCUGUUGCAGCUCUCAGGAACUUCCGAAAAGCUUCAAAAGCUGUUUCAGCUUUUGUUGAAAGACUUCCGAAACACAUUAACCCCAAAACUGGCCGGAUCCACGCGCAGCUGCACCAGUGUGGGGCCGGCAGCGGCCGCUUUUCUUGCGACUCUCCGAACCUGCAGCAAAUUCCCCGAGAAGCAUCUUUUCGCCGCUGCUUCGUUCCUGCUGCUCCUCUCCCGCUGCAGCAGCAGGGGCUCUCCAGCGCUGCUGCUGCUGCUGCCGCUGCUGCUGCUGCUGCUGCUGCUGGGCGUGCGGGGGGCCGCGGGGAGGUCGCUGGGCAGGCCGGGCCAGCAGCAGCAGCUGCGGGCGCUGCAGCAGCAGCAGCAGCAGCAGCUUCGCCGGCAGCAGCAGAUGGAGCAGCACCAGAAAAGUGGAAAUAUGUUAUUGCCGACUUCUCCCAAAUUGAGCUGCGAAUUGCAGCCGACAUCGCCGGCGAUGAGAGGAUGAUUGAGGCGUACCAAAAGGGCCGAGACCUGCACCGGCUGACGGCCUCGCUGCUGCUGUCGAAGCCAGAAGCCCAAUUGACGAAGGCCGACAGACAACUUGCAAAGGCAGUGAACUUCGGCCUCAUCUACGGCAUCAGCGUGCCCCGCUUCCGAGAGUACGCGCUGUCAGCCUAUGGGGUUUCUUUGACUUUGCCGGAGGCCCAAAAGUUUCAUUCCAAUUUCUUUAAGCACUACAAGGGCAUUACUCGCUGGCACCAGCAGCAAAAGCGCCAGAUGCCUCUUGAGACGAGAACGAGGUCUGGGCGUCGGGCUCGCUUCGACUCUUUUUCGUUUACGAAGGCGCUGAACUACCCGGUGCAGGGCACUUCAGCAGACAUAACGAAAGAGAGUCUCGCGCUGCUGCUGCUGCGGCUGCCGCAAGUGCGGGGGCAGCUGGUGAUGUGUGUGCACGACGAGAUAAUAGUGCAGCUGCCGGAGCAGCAGCAGCAGCAGGGCCUGGACCUGCUUCUGAGUACGAUGAAGGAGGCAGGAAGCCUCUUCUUAAGAAGAGUCCCCUGCGAGGCCGAGGGCAGAGUGGGGGACUCCUGGGCAGACAAACCCUGA